GGGGACAUCCAGUCAGGGCUGAGACUCGCCACAUCCUCAGCAGCCCGGAGAGCAGUAAAGUGAAAUUAAAGAAACACCAUCCUGGAGAUCUAGAGCAGUAAUAACACGCUCUAUGUUGCGGUUUUACGCGCCCUAGUGCGCAACAGCAGGUGAGCGCACAUGGGCGCACGUUUUUCCGUUUGAACCAGUCACCGCGAAAAAUAACUGAGAAAAAGUUGAGCCACCGACAGGACAGGAGCGGGAGGUCAUCAUGUCGGAUCCCGCCCCCUGUCCGGGGAACGCACGGAGGUCUUCUGCGCUGGCACGUGGGAACAGACCACCGGACCUGGAGCUGCUGGAGACCACGUUCAACGAGCCGGGGACACUGGCGGGCGAGGGCACGUUUCGAUUCAAAAUGCCAGGGGACGAUAACACCCCCACUGAGGCACCCCCCAUCCACCUGCACCCCUACCAUUCCCACCCUCGGAUGUCUAUGCGGAUGUCGGUGUACAGCACCGGGAUCCGACCGCCCGUCACCCGCGCCUACAUCCAGGGACGCGUGUACAACUUUCUGGAAAGGCCGUCUGGCUGGAAAUGCUUCGUGUACCACUUCAGUGUGUUUCUCAUAGUUCUGGCUUGUCUGAUCCUGAGUGUCCUCUCCACCAUCGACCAGUACCAGGCUCUGGCCCACACCACACUCUUCUGGGUGGAGAUCGUCCUUGUCGUGUUCUUCGGCGUGGAGUACUUCGUCCGCCUCUGGUCGGCCGGCUGCCGCAGCAAGUACGUCGGCAUCUGGGGCCGACUGCGCUUUGCCAGGAAGCCCAUAUCUAUUAUAGACCUGAUCGUGGUGGUUGCGUCGGUGAUCGUUCUGUCAGUGGGAUCCAAAGGACAGGUGUUCGCCACCUCUGCUGUGAGGGGGAUUCGCUUCCUGCAGAUCCUGCGGAUGCUGCACGUUGACCGGCAGGGAGGAACCUGGCGUCUCCUGGGCUCGGUUGUCUUCAUGCAUCGGCAGGAGUUGAUCACGACCUUGUACAUCGGCUUCCUGAGCCUGAUCUUCUCCUCGUACUUCGUCUACCUGGCAGAGAAAGACGCCGUCGACAGCAGCGGCUCCGUAGAGUUCGGGAACUACGCCGAUGCUCUGUGGUGGGGAGUGGUGACGGUGACGACCAUCGGCUACGGAGACAAAGUGCCACAGACCUGGAUCGGAAAAACCAUCGCCUCCUGCUUCUCAGUCUUCGCCAUUUCCUUCUUCGCCCUGCCUGCAGGGAUCCUGGGCUCAGGCUUCGCCCUGAAGGUUCAGCAGAAGCAGAGACAGAAACACUUCAACAGACAGAUCCCUGCAGCCGCACGCCUCAUUCAGACGUCAUGGAGGUGUUUUGCGGUGGAGAACUUUGACUCGGCCACGUUCAAGAUGUUCUUGAAGAAGCGGUCCCACGUCAUCGCCUCCUCGUUGUCUACGCCCAAGGCCAAGAAAUCGGUGAAGAUAAGGAAGAAGUUGAAGAGCACAGACAAGGACAACGGUCUGACGUCUCCCACGAUCCCCAGCAUCACCUUCGACUCGGUGUUCGACAGCGGGAGGGAGCUGAGCUCGGAUGUUUACAGCACCGUGGGCACAGAAUCCCACAAUCUGGCAGGAUGUGAUCAUCAGCAGUCCUGGACGUCUUUAUCCUCCCUUCAGUUCAGCUCCCCCCCUCCAGUGAAGAGGAGCCCGGGCCUCUUAGAUGUUCAGUCCCCCGGCCCCCUCCAGAGGAACUGCAGCUUCGCAGACGACCUGGAGCUGGAGCCGGAGCGGUACAGCGAGCUGGCUCCCGUCAGCUCCGUGUCACAAAUGACGGAGUCGCACAGAAAGGCCAUUCGAGUGAUCCAGAGGAUGCGCUACUUCGUGGCCAAGAGGAAUUUCCAGCAAGCGCGUAAGCCGUACGAUGUGCGGGACGUGAUCGAGCAGUACUCCCAGGGUCACCUCAACCUCAUGGUGCGCAUCAAGGAGCUGCAGAGGAGACUGGACCAGUCUUUGGGGAAGAUAACUUUGUUCCAGACGGGCCCAGACAGAGCCAGGGACAAAGGCACCAACUCCAUCGGCUCCAGACUCAACAGGAUGGAGGAUAAGAUAACGCACAUGGACCAGACUCUGAAGCGUAUUGCCGAGUCGCUGUCCUUUCUGCGGGACCAGAGGGACGUCGGUGGGGGCGAAGGCGGGGACAGGCCGAGACCUCAGCCCGGGCGGAGCAGUAAUGUCGUCCCCCCCAGCCAGGACAGCCUGCCAAGCUACGAGCAGCUGUCCUCUUCGCCCUCGUCCGUCUCCUUCAGCAGCGUCCCUGGCACAGCGGCCGGCCCAAACCCUCAAUUCACUGCCACCGCCAGUCAGGACGAGGGCUGCUGAUCCGUCCAUCCGUCUAUCACUCCGACUGUCUGUCUGUCUUUCCACCUGUAUGUCCCUCACCGUCUGUCCAUCCAUCCACUGUUGUUUCCAUCCCAUCCUGUCCGUCUGUGUGUCCACUUGUUCAUCCAUCCAUCCAUCCGUAUAUUUAUUCCAUCCGUCCAUCUCUCUUAUCUGAAACAUCUCAUGAGACUGUUAUACGUGAAAGAGAAGAAAGAAAUGAAGUGAUUUCCGUGUUGGUUUGUUUCAAAGCAGUCGUCUGUUAGAUGUAUUCAGGCUAAAGCCAAAGCAUCUUGCUCUGUGAUUCAAUAUAUUUGAAAUGAUUUUAAUUACCUUCAUCUUUGGGGAGAGGCCUUACAUUACUUCACAUAUCAUUUUUAAUCAAUUGCUGUUUUCCCCUUUUUUCAUUUUAUUUCACCUUUUCUCGCGAAUGUUUAGAAAUAUUCUUCUGUAGCAAUAAAUGAUUGUGGUUAUUAUUAUUA